AUGUCGAGCUCACUCGAGCGUCAGCAGGCGUCUUUCAUGAGCAGCAUGUCCGCCGCUUCCUCGAAGCUGGCGGGCACCAAGCGCGCUCUCGCCCCGCCAUCGCCGUCGCCCUCAGUCGGCUCCGUCGCCUCAGCCAUCGCCGCCGGCAACGGCACCCCUCGCAAGGCGGCGGCAGACCGCGUCGACACGCCCGCCCACAACAUCGUCUACUCGCAGCCUGCUGCCACUGGCACCGGUCUCAACAUCAUCACGCAGGUGACGUACGCGAUCGCCUGGCUCCGCGGCAAGGAUGAGCCGCGCACGUACCUGGAGAUCCUGGGCCACCUUUCGGGCCUGCACUGGAGUCCAUCGUACCAGGAGGAGUUCGUCGAGGCGAUGCGCCGCACGCGCGAGAUCCAGUGGAUUCCCGACCCGAACCUCUCCGAGCAGACGUGGCAGAGCGGGACAUACCUGCACCGGCCCAAAGUCCCGGGCGUUCGCAACAAGACGCAGCUACUGGCCUACCUGCAGAAGAAGACGGACGCGAGUUGCGUGGGUGUCAAGGAGUUGAAAGACGGCUGGCCCGAUUGCGAGAAGGCCAUCAACGAGCUCGAGGCUGAGCACAAGAUCUUGGUGAUCCGUAUCAAGAAGGAAGGGUUGCCACGCUAUGUCUGGUUGGAUGAUCCCAGCUUGUUCCACGAGGUCGAUCCGGAGCUGAAGGUCAUGUGGCAAAAGGUUGAGGUGCCGGGAACCGAUACGAUCGUUCAGCGACUCAAGGCCGCGUCACAGAAGCCGGCGAGCGAGGACCCAAGGGAUAAGAUGACAGCUGCGCCCAAGGCGGAGAAGAAGAAGAGGGCGCAGAGGAGGACGGGCAAGGCGACGAAUACCCACAUGGAGCAUUUGCUCAAGGAUUACAGCCAUAUGAAGCGGUAA